AUGGAGACAGAAUCGAAAGAAAUGGAGCGGGCAUCUGAUAUAGCAAUUGAAGGAGACCGAGAGGAUGGUUGUAUAUCUAAGCUGCCUCAGGAUACGAAAGAAUUGGUAUUUGCAAAGCUUUCAAUUCAAUCAAUAUGUGUCUCUCGUGUUGUCUCUCGAGAAUGGAAUUCUAUUUUAUCUUCCCAGAUUUUUCUGUCUUCACUGUCUAUCCAAAAUCCAUGGCUUCUUAUCUGCAGUAAAGAAAAUCAUGAAAAUAAUUGGUACUGUAUGGCCUACUGCUUUUCGGCACAAAAAUGGAUGACCCUUCCUCUGCCAAAUCGUGAGGGAGGCGAAAUCAGAUAUUGCCCAAGCACAGCGCAGGGGUUACUUCUCUUUGGUGAAAUCUGCUUGCGACGCUUAUUUGUUUGCAAUCCCCUUACAAGAUCUUAUACAGAGAUGGAAAAUGAUUUGGCUGCCAGAUCAUUUCAUAUCGUACAGGGAGGAAACAAAGAUCUCUAUUUGAUAGUGUACAACAGUUCUGAAACAUUAUCCUUCAAGAUCUACCACUAUUUUCAAGAUUCGCGGAGAAUUAAGUGUCAGUUUGGAGGGGAAAUGAAGUCAAAUAUUUUUAUUGAUAUAGUUGAAAUGGUUGAAUGCAAUGGCGUUCUUUUCUGGAUGGGAAGGUUGUCUCCAACUAUUGUGGGGUACAAUAUCAAAAAUGAGGGUUUCAUUAGGCCUGUUAAAGUAGCUCCAUUACCUCCUGAAAUGCUUCAAGAUCUGAAUAUGCAUUUUCCAAUUAGGCAUCAACCUAGGAGUAGCGAUGUUUUAUCUAUGGUUUCAUAUGGUUCGUCCGUUCUUGUGGUGGGCACUUAUUGGGAGCCGUAUUCACUUUGGAUGAUUCAACCAGUUACUAGAGUCUACGAUCCAAACAGGACGGGUAUUGUUAUCUGGGAGUUGUUUGAGGAUGAGGAAGAUGAGUUGGUUUGGAAGUGGAGAGAAUUUGCAAAAAUACCUCCAUGGUCGCUCCAUGAUGUUAUGGAAAAAGAAUACUUUUGGGAUCCCAAGUGUGUUUGUGUGGGAGAUUACCUGUGUUUCAGAGGUAAAACGGUGUUUGCAUAUAAUCUAAAGGCUAGAUUUUGGCAACGCCUUCCUCCCCAUGAAAUUCAUUGUCGCCCCAAGAUGAUGUCGUUCGAACCCAAGCUGUAUCAUUAUCAGUUUCCAAGAAAAUGGAAGCUCUAUAAUUAUGGUGAAAGUGCAUUUGAGAAAACGGGCGAUAACAUUCAAGAUUCAUGA